AUGAAAUCUGCUCCCAAUGAACCCAGGACGACCCUGCAGGAGGAGCAGGAGACCUUCAACUACGCCAUGCAGUUGGCCACUGCUUCUGUUUUCCCGAUGACUCUCAAGGCGGCGAUCGAGCUGAACCUUCUUGAGAUAAUCAGUCGGGCGGGUUCCGGCGCCCAACUCUUUCCCGAGGAGAUUGUCGCCAAGCUUCCCACUGAGAACCCAGAGGCGGCCGUCAUGGUCGACCGUAUCCUCCGCCUGCUUGCCAGUUACGCGAUCCUCACCUGCUGCGUCAUUGACGGCGAAGGCGGAAAGGUCCGGAGACGCUAUGGCCUGGCCCCUGUCUCCAAAUUCAUCGCACCGAACGAAGAUGAUGUCUCCAUGUCCUCUCUGCUGCUCUUCCACAAAACCAAGUUUUUUAUGGAGAGUUGGAAUUACUUGAAGGACUCGGUUCUUCAGGGGGGAAUUCCAUUCAACAAGGCCUACGGAAUGACCAUUUUUGAGUACCUUGGGACGCAACCCAAUUUCGACGAGAUGUUCAACGCCGGCAUGUUAGGCCACUCAACCAUAACCAUGAAGAAGAUGCUAGAAACCUACCGGGGGUUCGACAGGCUCGGUGUUCUGGUGGACGUUGGCGGGGGUAUCGGCGCGACGCUCAACAUGAUUAUCUCCAAGCACCCAUCCAUCAAGGGUAUCAACUUCGAUCUCCCCCACGUCAUCGCCGAUGCACCCUCCUUCCCAGGUACGACAAGACCAGCACAGCCCCCAGUUCCUCAGUCCAUUUACAUCCGCUAAUAUCUGGUGGCGAUGGAGGAACGGCAGGUACGCGUUAAUGGAAGGAUUUUUUCUUUUCAAUGCGCAGGCGUGGAGCAUGUGGGCGGCGAUAUGUUCGAGAGCGUUCCCAGUGGAGACGCUAUCUUAAUGAAGGUGACCGACUCUCCCGUCGAGUUCCCCGCUUCCUGUUUUCCCAAUCUCCUCCAGUAUUUACUCGAUCUAUACGUUCUGUGAACUGGGUCUGCAGUGGAUUCUUCACAACUGGAGCGACGAGCACUCCCUUAAGGUUCUGAAGAACUGCUGGAAGGCCCUACCGGAGCAGGGAAAGGUCAUCGUCAUGGAGGGUAUUCUGCCGGAAGCGCCGGAGACGACCAGGGAGGCGCAGGGCCUGUUCCACAUGGAUCUGUUAAUGCUCGCCGUAACAACGAGCGGCAAAGAGAGGACUGAGAAGGACUUCGAGUCGUUGGCAAAGGGCGCGGGGUUCUCGGGUUUCGCGAAGGUGAGCACGGCCUUCGGCGUCUGGAUCAUGGAGUUCACCAAGUGA